CCUCACUUUUUUUUUUCUUUUUUACAGGGUCAUUUUUUUUAUUAAAAAAAAAAAGAAAAAUGUUGAAUAUCACAAAAUGGAGAUUAUCAAGUUGUAGGAACUUUUCAACAAGUUGUAGUAUACACUAUGCGAAAAAGAAAGCAGUAAAUAAUAAAAAAUCAUCAUCAUCAACAAUAGAGAAAGCAGCCAAUAAAGUUAUUUUAGGCAGACCUUCAAAUAAUCUUCGAGUUGGUAUUGUUGGUUUACCAAAUAUCGGGAAAUCGACCUUAUUUAAUACACUUACAAAUAGUAGUGUACCUGCAGAAAAUUAUCCAUUUUGUACGAUUGAUCCAUCAGAAGCCAGAGUACAAGUGCCAGAUGACAGAUUUGAUUGGUUAGUGAAAACAUAUCAACCAAAGAAAAUCACACCUGCCCAUUUGACAGUAGUGGAUAUUGCAGGACUUGUACGUGGUGCAUCACAAGGAGCUGGACUUGGUAAUGCUUUUCUUUCUAAUGUGUCCUCUGUAGACGCUAUUUACCAUUUAGUUCGAGUCUUUGAAAACGAUGACAUUACUCAUGUAGAAGAGAAUAAAGUGGAUCCUAUUCGAGACUUGAAUAUUAUUCAAAACGAACUAAGAAUUAAGGAUGAAGAAAUGCUGGAACGUAAUUUAAAUGAAUUAACUAAACUUAGCAAGCAUUCCGAUUUAAAGAGGAAUCAACCGUUGAGCAUUAAAGAAGAGCUAGAGAUUGUUGAAAAAGUAGCAGAAUUUAUGUCAAAGGGAAAUAAAGAUGUUCGAAAAGGAGAAUGGACAGCAACCGAAGUUAAUGUCAUUAAUGGACUUCAUUUAUUAACAGCCAAGCCGAUGAUUUAUCUUUGUAAUAUGAGUGAAGAAGAAUAUUUAAGUGGAGAAGAAAAUAAAUGGAUGGCGAAAGUUAAAGAAUGGAUAGAAGAGAACAAUAAAGGAGAUUUAAUUAUUCCAGUUUCAGUCUCUUUAGAAUCCAAAUUAGUAAUGUCAACACAUACUGAAGAAAAGAGAAAAUCACAGUUAUCCAACAUUAUUUUAGCAGGUUAUAAAGCAUUGGAUUUAAUUCACUAUUUUACUUGCGGGGAACAAGAAGUGAGGGCAUGGACGAUUAGAAAUAAUACAAAGGCGCCUCAAGCAGCAGGAAUCAUUCAUUCUGAUUUUGAAAGAGGUUUCAUUUCUGCAGAUAUCAUGAAAUUUAAUGAUCUAAAACAACUAGGAUCAGAGAAUGCAGUAAAAGCGGCUGGUAAACAUUAUCAAAAGGGAAAAGAAUAUACAAUGGAAGAUGGAGACAUUGCUCAUUUUAAGUUUAAUGUAACUAAUAAGAAAAAAUAAUAUUAAAAUGACGUUAUAAAAAUACAUUCUAGAGUUACACAUCACAUAAAUGUGUAUUUUUUUUU